UCCCAUCGCUGACACCAGCCCCGCCCCUUCUGCCGCACACAUCACGUGGGCUACCUGGGCCAAUAGGCAAUCAGCGUCCAACAGGUACGAGAUUCAAACUGUGGCCGUCUCUAGGAGACCCGACACACAACCCGGAGCCAGGCCGGGGGUCAGCAUGGAGCAUCGCAUGAUCGGACCGGGGCCCUACCGGGCCACCAAACUGUGGAAUGAAACGAUUGAGUUGUUCCGUGAUGGAAUGCCACAGAAGAGGCAUCGCGUGCACUUUAAAAUCUACGAGAAGUGUUUCACGGCCUCGGAAGCUGUAGACUGGCUGCAUGAGCUGCUCCAGUGCAACCAGAAUUUUGGACCACAAGUGACUCGAGAUCAGACUAUCCAGCUCUUAAAUAAGUUCACAAAGAACCAUGUUAUAGAGGAUGUGAAAGGCAGAUGGGGGAAAGAGGACUUUGAAGAGAACAACAACCUUUACAGGUUCCCACCAACUUCCCCACUUAAACCAUACCCAAAUAGACCCCCACAGAAAGUGGAGCCCCUUCCGUUCCCACGAUGGAGUGAUGAGGAUGCUGUGACCUCCCGAAGUCAUAUUCCUGUGAAACCCCUAGUGAUGAACUCUGAGAUGUGGUAUAAACGUCAUAGUAUCGCAAUAGGAGAGGUACCUACAUGUCGACUGCUUCAUCGCAGAGAUUUAACAGCAGCAAACAUUGAAGAAAUAUGGAAAUCCAAGACACUGUCAUGUUUACAGAAGAUAAUGGGUCUUGAUUCUCUGAAUGAUGUGAUGGAUACAAAGCAGGCAAAGGGAAAGCACAUAAUGCACAAUAUAUACAAUGUCAACAAACAGGGGAUUGUGGUAAUGGAUGACCGAUCGAAAGAGCUUCCACAUUGGCUGCUGUCUGCAAUGAAGUGUUUAGCAAAUUGGCCAAAUUGCUCAGAAAUGAAGCAGCCAAUGUACAUCGGGUUUGAACGAGAUGUAUUUAAGACUAUUGCAGAUUAUUACAGUUAUCUUCAGGAGCCGUUACUGACUUUUCAGCUUUUUGAUGUGUUUGUGAACAUCUUGGGUCUGCAGCAGAAGGAGCUGAUUGCUAUUGAAGCUCUUCAAGUUUGCUGUCUACUUCUGCCACCGGAAAAUCGCAGGAAACUGCAGCUGCUAAUGAGGAUGAUGGCGAGGAUAAGCGUUAACAGGGAUAUGCCACCUCUGCGUGAUAGCACAGGGAACAGAGCACUGAUGGUUCAGACUUUUUCUCGCUGUAUCCUUCGUUCCAAAGAGGAGAUGGACCUGGGUGAACUUCUGUCCACAAAACUGGUGACUUUCAUGAUGGACAAUUGUCAGAAUAUACUGAAUGUUCCAGUAUCACUGAAAAACUCUGUGGAGGAUUAUAUUGCACACCAGAGAAGAGUCCAGAUCAAGUAUCCAGGAGCAGAUAUGGACUCCACGCUACAUCCCACCUUUGAAAAACCCCAACCAGCAAAGCCUCAGUAUGAAUAUGAGAAGCUGAGCAAGCCUCAAGAUCCAACACGGGUCUUGUUGGAGGAUAUUAUUAAUAACAACCAGAUGUCCUCCAAGGAGAAGAAGAAGAAACUGAAACAGUUUCAGCGGGCUCACCCACAAGUCUACAAGGAACGGUUCCCCACACAAGAAAGCGAGAUGGCGAUCUUUCCUGAGCGACCGACCCUAAAGUCUCAGCUGUCAUUUUUCACUCUUAAGAGACCCUUCCAGUCAUUUCAGAGGACCCGCAGCUUUCGUAUGUAGGUAAAUAUUCGGUUUAACACAGACUGAUCGAUGGUUUACAUGGUUCCUGCUGAACUACUGAGACUAAUUUAGAAAAAGCAGCAAGACACGAGAUAUUCACCAACGCUAAUGAUCAGUAUUUCUGUGAAUAUCGCUUUUUUUUUUUUUUUUUUUUUUACAAAAGUAGGUCAACUAUUAACAGGAACUUGCGUUUUUUUUGUUGUUGUAUGAAACAUUUCAAUUUUUAUAAUUCGCCUGUGGAUUCUAACUAAGCCUACUGAGUAUAGAAGAACUACUUGAAACUACACUGGAAGGAUCAUUUCAAAGCUUAUAAUCUUCCUUGUCAAAUCAUGUACAUACUUGAAUGUCUUCGAUACACUGGAGGUGCCUUCUGAGAAGUUGCCUAGUGCGGAUCUGUCUUUACAGAAAUGUCUAAUUCUUAUAUAUAAAAGUAAUGUUGAGGAGCAUAUUCCAAAUUAAAACACUGUAUGGUCUGA